UUAGUAAAGUUUGGAAGGCCUUCAAAUUUUGAUUACGCAUGGAUAGACAUUAACUCACUAAAGUGAAAUACUUGAACACAUGCAGCAUGGAAACUUUUAAACGUGGCUAAAUUACAACCCUGCAAUUAAGUGUGGUGCACGCAUGUACACCUGUUUCCCAACUGCAAUACUGCCAGCUAGUGUCACAGACAGUGGAGAUGGACUGAAGUGCAGUGAAGAUCCUGCCAUUUGCUCCAAGAGGACUCCAGGAUGGAGCUGUUCUACUGGUGUUUGCUGUGCCUCCUGUUACCACUCACUUCAAGGACCCAGAAGCUGCCCACCCGAGAUGAGGAACUUUUUCAGAUGCAGAUCCGGGAUAAGGAAUUUUUUCACGAUUCAUCUGUGAUUCCAGAUGGAGCUGAAGUCAGCAGUUAUCUCUUUAGAGAUACACCUAGAAGGUAUUUCUUCAUGGUUGAGGAAGAUAACACCCCACUGUCAGUCACAGUGACACCUUGCGAUGCACCUUUGGAGUGGAAGCUUAGCCUUCAGGAGCUGCAUGAGGGGUCCAGUGCAGAUGGAUCAGGUGACCCAGAACUACUUGACCAGCAGAAGCAGCAGAUGACUGAUGUAGAGGGCACAGAACUAUUCUCCUACAAGGGCAAUGAUGUAGAGUAUUUUCUGUCUUCAAGUUCCCCAUCUGGUUUGUAUCAGUUGGAGCUUCUUUCAACAGAGAAAGACACACAUUUCAAAGUAUAUGCCACCACCACACCAGAAUCUGACCAGCCAUACCCUGAAUUACCAUAUGACCCCAGAGUUGAUGUGACCUCCUUUGGACGUACCACAGUCACUUUGGCCUGGAAGCCAAGCCCUACAGCCUCUAUAUUGAAACAACCCAUAGAGUACUGUGUGGUCAUCAACAAGGAGCACAAUUUCAAAAGCCUCUGUGCAGCAGAAACAAAGAUGAAUGCAGAUGAUGCCUUCAUGGUGGCGCCCAAACCUGGUCUAGACUUUAACCCCUUUGACUUUGCCCAUUUUGGAUUUCCAACAGAUAAUUUGGGUAAAGAUCGAAGCCUCCUGGCAAAGCCUUCUCCCAAAGUGGGGCGCCAUGUCUACUGGAGGCCCAAGGUUGACAUUCAAAAAAUUUGCAUAGGAAAUAAAAACAUUUUCACAGUCUCUGACCUGAAGCCCGAUACCCAAUACUACUUUGAUGUCUUCAUGGUCAAUACCAACACCAACAUGAGUACAGCUUAUGUGGGUGCCUUUGUCAGGACCAAGGAGGAGGCAAAACAGAAGACAGUGGAACUCAAAGACGGGAGGGUCACAGAUGUGUUUGUUAAAAGGAAGGGGAAAAAGUUUCUACGGUUUGCUCCAGUCUCCUCUCACCAAAAGGUCACGUUCUUUAUUCAUUCUUGUAUGGAUGCCGUUCAAGUCCAAGUGAGAAGAGAUGGGAGGCUGCUUCUGUCACAGAAUGUGGAAGGCAUUCGGCAGUUUCAGUUAAGAGGAAAACCCAAAGGAAAAUACCUCAUUCGACUGAAAGGCAACAGGAAAGGAGCAUCAAAGCUGAAAAUACUGGCGACCACCAGGCCCAGUAAGCAUGCAUUCCCCUCUCUUCCCGAAGACACAAGAAUCAAAGCUUUUGACAAGCUACGUACCUGCUCUUCAGUUACGGUGGCAUGGCUUGGCACCCAAGAAAGGAGAAAGUUUUGUAUCUACAGAAAGGAAGUGGAUGGAAACUACAGUGAAGACCAGAAGAGAAGAGAGCAAAACCAGUGCCUAGGACCAGACACCAGAAAGAAAUCAGAGAAGGUCCUUUGCAAAUACUUCCACAGCCAAAACCUGCAGAAAGCAGUGACUACAGAGACAAUCAGAGAUCUGCAGCCUGGGAAGUCUUACCUGCUGGAUGUUUACGUCGUAGGACAUGGGGGACACUCUGUGAAGUAUCAAAGUAAAAUUGUGAAAACAAGGAAGGUCUGUUAGUCACCUUGAGUGAAGAUCAGGAGAACUCCAGGAGAGACAUGGAGUCACACUGCUUGUAACUGACUACUCUCGUGACAAACAAAAGUUGUACUUGAAAGAAAGGGUAACAACAUGUGUACAUUGAUGCUUGCCUAAUGUAGCAUGGAGACUUGUACUCACGCACACCUGUGGUACUUAGGGUCCAUCUGUCUAAUGCUGGUUAAUGUCAAAAGAAGAGGGUAUCUCAAUGGAUGCCACCCCUUGCUUUGACCAUUGCAUGAACUGCUUCUAAAUUAUUUUAUUACCUAAAAUUUUAAAAUAUGCCAUUCGUUGCACACAUUCACAAAUGCAAAUAAUUCCUCUCUAUAGAUGUUAGGGGAAGUUUAUAUAUAAAUAUAUAAAUAUAAAUUAUUUUAUAAAGUCUGUUUUAAUUGUUGGUGUUUCUAUUAUUGUAAGCUAUUAAAUUCUUUCUCUGUUAAAGUAUAGAUCUAAUCUAAGAUCGUAUCACCCUCUAAGCAGUAAUAUUGUUGUAAAUUCUUAUUUGUUCAGUAAAAUGUUUAAAUGCUGUCUGUAUGUAUCUCAUGUAAAAAGUUGAUAUACAUUAUAUUCAUGUAUAUAAAAUUAAGAAUAUUAGAUUAUUACACUGUUCAUUUUCCCAAGCAGUACUGUGGUAUAUUCAAUUGCUUAUCUGUCCUUAAAACCGUGCUUUUUCUGUAAGUUGGCACCAAAAUUUAGUCUUAUUUAGUAGCUAGGAGGUAAAUGUUGGCUCUCUCGAUCUUUACUGGCAUCAAGAGCUGGUUAUUCAAGUCUGGAUUUGGGAACUCAAUGGGAGACGAAGAACUGUAAUAGGCUUGUUUGAGCAUAGAACAAGGCAAACACUAUCAAUCUGAUAAGCGAUCAUUUUAAACAUUUAUUUUCCAUUUGCUUAAAUUUUGGCAAAUCUUUUAACGGCUUGCUGAAGCAGGUGAGAACCUUGAUUAGGACUUUCAUCAGUCACAACACAAUGCUACAUCUGCUGCUUACAAGAUUUAUAAAACACUGCUGCAGGUAAUUUUAUUUUGAGUUUUCAACUGUUUUUAAAGUUAAUUUUAGUGUAAGAUACAAGUCUAGCAAAUAACAUCUGCAGGCUCUACCAAGGGAGCAUGGGGACACUUUUAUCCUCUACAGAUUUUACUUGGAAAUUCCAAGGCAACAUGAGACCAUAAAAGCAAGAUUCAGAAAUACUUGUAAUUGUUGGUCACCUAAAACCAUAUGACUUUAGGAGAAUGUUACUGCCCACCAUCCCCUUUCCCAUUUAUAAAGUUGAGGAAGUGGUAGAAGUGGAUACAAUGACACUGUGAAAUACCUUCUGACAUGAGAAGUUGCCGUUUGCAAAAUCCUGACCCUAAACCCUUACAUUCUAUGGCUAGAGUGAGAACAGGCGCAAUGGUUCCUCUUAUUGCUAUCCACUGCAUGCCGGCACAGCUUUGCUGGUGAGAGUUCACAGCAGCAUUUCUAUGGGGUAUAGGAAUACUGUGGCAGAGAUGGCGUUGUAUAUAGUUCCCUAUGACGUGUGUUCUGCUUACCUUAAGGGAAAGUACAAGCGUUAUGGCAUACCCUCUAAAUCCUUGGCAGUAACUUUCAGCAAAAUUGAUCCAUCUGUGCAAUGCAGGAACAACAUCUGAAAUAACUUUUUGGAAGCUGACAACCAUGUACCCAAUGCUUUAUUUAAGCAGCUUCAAUAAAAGGAGAGACUGACAAAUUGACACUCAGAGAAAUUAUAUUCAGCUAUAGAUGUGAGAAAAGCAGCUUCCUAAUGCUGCUGAGCAACUUGUAAGUGGGACUGCAGCGAAUCAGAUUACUGCUGCUUUGAAGGUCUGGGAUCUUGGAUACUGCCUAACUCUCAGCAUCUGGGAACCAGGUUGAACUGAUUUUAAAACACUUUGAAUUUUCUGCUAGGCGUGGUAGUAGUUUCUUCAUAUUGUGGACAAAUACAGAAAUUCUCUAAUGACCCUAGGAUAAAAAUUGCCUUUUCAAGCUAAGGAAAAUUAAACACACAUCAUGAAAGGCUUACUGCUUAUAACAAAGGGAAAAGCCUUGAAAAUCAUGCCUCACUGAUGUGCUAAGAUUUCAGGAGUAUCCAGUGGACUAGGGACAAGGAAGGGACUCAUUCAUUCACAUUUUAGAAAUAACUACACGCUUGCUAAUAUAAAAGCAAAACCUGGCCUACGCUAAUCUCUGAGAGAACAAUAGACACUGAGAGGGAUGGUACCCAAUGCCAUGUGUAGACGGAUAUUGAGAAGAGAAGGCUUGGAGAUAUUUAGCUCAUUAUCUUUCCUUUUCAAGUACAAUGACAGAGAAAGAACAGAAUAUAUUUAAAACAAGAGAAACAAAAAAUAAGAAAGUUUUGCCCACACAAAUGUAUACCAGGAGACAGAGGCAAAUGGAGUUCUGUGAAUUUGAGUUUCAGCCUGAUCUAUUUAAUGAGACCCAGGCCCACUAAGGACUACAAGGUGAGACUCAGUGCAGAAAAAUUAAGCAAAGCAAAACAAACAAACAAAUGGUUCUAUAGUUGAAUGAGUUAAGCAAGUUAUGUCAUAGACUCCAAAAUGCUUUCCGAAUACAAGUCAUCAAAUUUUGUUUGAAAAAAUAUUCACUCAUAGGUGAGUUUUUAAAAGUAGUCUUUUAGUGUAAUUAUUCUUGUUUCUUAAGAAAUGUGAUGUCUAUAGUUGAUCACUUCAAAGUUAUAAGAAAAUAAUUUUGAAGAUGAAUUAUUUCUAGUAUAUGUUUGCAUACACAAAGCUAAGACUAGAAUUUUAUUAGUCUAUUUAUUAAUGUAUAUGCAAACAUACAUUAGAAAUACUUUGUCUCCAAAACACAACAGAAUUUUAAAACUAACUUGUAAUCAGUAUGUAAAUUUUUAUGUCUAUGAAUAUUUUUUCUGCAUGUAUAUCUCUGUAACAAGUGUGUGCCUGGUGUCUAUGGAGGCCAGAAUUGGGUGUGAAUUCCCUAGGACUGUGGGUACAGAUGAUUGUAAGUCACCAUGCGGGUGCUAGGAAAUUUACUUCAGUUCUCUGGAAGAGCAGCCAGUGUUCUUAAUCGCUGAACCAUCUCUCCAGCCCCUAAUUCAGUUUUUAAACAUGCAUUCAAAGAUUAGAGCUAAAAGGCAAUGCUUUAUUUUGUUGCCCCAAAUCCAUCUGAAGUAACUAAUAUUUCUAUGUUCUGAAAUGAUGAUUGUUCAGGUUAAACUGACAAAUUUUAGUUUAAGGUGAUGAAUUCAAGCUACACUUAUUUCUUCCUUAAAAAAUAUUUAAAUUUUUUUGUAUAUGUAUAGAUGUUCUACAUGCACACAUGUCGGCAGAAGUCUGAAGAGGGCAUUAGAUCCCUUGGAACUGCAGUUACAGAUGGUUGUGAACUGACAUGGGGAUUUGGGGAAUUGAACCUGGGUCUUCUGGAAGAGCAGCAAGUGCUCUUAUCCACUGGGCCAUGUCACCAAGCUGAUAAUGUUUAUUGAUUACUUUGUGAGGUUGGAUGUAGGUAAUCUCAGUGAAAUCAUACACAAACACAUUUUGACGAACAGUGUGGUGAUCAGGGGGAGUUUAGUCCAGGAUCCAUUCUAGCACUUCCCUCCAUAGGUAAACCAGCCCUGCCACACCCCUUACAGUGGGGUCUGCUCAGGACACCAACCUGGGUUACUCCACUCCCUUCCUACACCUUGUCAACAGUCCCACCGAUAUCUUGCAAUGACAUCCAUCCCACUUGACAAGGAAGAAAGGGAAGUCUCCCCAGGACUGGAACCUUUAUCCCCAACUUGCUGCUUUCUCAGGACUUGGUUUUAAGCAUGAGUUCACUUUAGGUAGCAUACAACAGCUCACCCAGUUUAUUUCUACAGACCAGCUGACUGAACUGCAAAACAAAAGAUAAAAACCUGCUGGUUGAAUUAAACUAGCUCAUUGGGAAAUCAAGAUGGUUGCUUCCUUUCCACCUUAAUAAGGUGUCAUAGAGAUAAAAUCCACUGGGAACCUGCCCUCAGCUUCUCUCCCCAAGACCAAGCUGAUGUGACUCCAUGCAGAUGUCAGCUGACAUCUAUUUGUCAUUUUCUGAGUGGCCUGGGAGGCAUCAGGCCACAUUCACUACUGGUUUUCCCCAGGAAGUUUUGCUCAGAAGAAUAUACAGUAGUGUGCUAUUUCAGCCUUUAAAUUGUUGGCUUGGAACCGGGAAAUGCCAGAGAGAAGAGCAACACAAACAAAAGAGUAUAGGAAAAGGGGCAGGUUUAUCCCGUUUCCUUCUCUCAGAGGCCCAGGAGAGGGAAAGAAGUGAGAGUUGUAAGACAACCGAUUUUAUUAAGAUUUUGCAUGUUGAUCUACAUGUAGCUCACACUGUAAGUUCUGACUCAAAUUACCAUCCUCUGAUAAAACUGUAUCCUGCUGACAGAAACUUCAUUUCCCAGGUGUGCCCAACGUGUGUGUAAGUUCUCUUUACACCUUUCCUUUCCAAUCACGAAAAAUAUGCUUAUCUAUUUAGAACAACAGCCUUUCAGAGCCACCUAUAUUUCUUUCACAGAUUGCAAAUGAGAAAGAAAGGUUGGUGAUGUACCACCUAGAAAAAUAAUUGGCCUAAAAUUGAAGAACUGAGUCUUAGGCAUGCCAACACUGCUUCACUGUCUCUAUGUAGGUCUCAGUAUGGACAGGAAAGGACCAGCUUUGGUGUGGGAAGAGACCCUGGGUCCUAAUCAAAUCUGAGCAUGUUUAUACUAUAGUCUUCACCUCCAUGUUUUCACAGUUGUAGGGAUUCCAUCCAGAGGCAUUACACACCAAAGAUGUUACUGGAACGUAGCCACUACUCACUACACUGCCCAGGAGAACUUUCCAGGAAAAUAGGUGUUCCUGAAACUUGUGAGAAAUGUAUUUUGAGACUAAGCCCAGAGCAGACAUAUAAGGCAACCUCCCAGAACAGAUUAGGUAAGAAAAUUAUGUUUGAGUAAAUACAAAGGUGUAAAUCAGAAGGGCUGGAGGAGAACAGUGCUUACUGAGGGUGACGGGAUACAGAUAGUGCAGUCUAAAAAACAAGACCAAAUUGAAAAAGCAACUGGAAUGAGCCCGCUGUUCCAGGUUGGGCCUAAGCGUAAAACUGGGCUAUUUAAGCAGCAGUUUUAAAUCAUAGUCUCAGGGUUGUUUUGAUCUGCAUUUCCCUGGUGAGCAAGGAUGCUGAACAUUUCUCUAAGUGCUUCUCCAUCAUUUGAGAUGCCUCUGUUGGGAAUUCUCUGAUUCACUUUCCUCCUUCUUUAAUUAGUUAUUUCAGUUGUUGUCUAACUUCUUGAGUUCUUUCUAUAUUUUGCAUGUUAGCGCCCUAUUGGAUAUAGGGUUUUUUUUUUCUUCUUUUUUCUUUUCCCAGUCUGUAGGUUGCCAUUUUGUCCUAUUGACAGUGUCCUUUGCCUUACAGAAGCUUUCCAGUUUCAUGAGGUCCCAUUUAUCAAUUGUUGAUCUUAAAGCUCGAGCCAUUGGUGUUCUGUUUAGGAAAAUUUUCCCUGUGCAUUCAUGGCUAUUUCCCACUUUUCUUCUAUUAAAUUCAGUGUAUCUGGUUUAAUGUUGAGGUCUUUGAUUCUCUUGGACUUGAGCUUUGUGCUCCCUCCCUCUUUCCUUCCCUCUCUUUUUUCUCUCUUCUUCUCCUUCCCUCCUUUCCUUUAACCCUCUUUCUUCCCUUCUCCCCCCUCUCCCUCUCCUUUUAUCCUUCUCCCCCUCACUCCACCUUCUCAUAAACUGCCUAAAAUUAGUUUCCAUUCAAACCAUCAUGAUUUGAAAAUAAGUAAAUAUGUAGUUCUUUUAUUUAAUUGUCUCGGUAUAAUCUCUCCAACUGUGAAAACGUGAUAGCACAGGAUAAUGUAAGCAGUUUUCAGGGGGAGGGAACCUUACAAAGCCCCAAGGUAUACAUAACUAAUCAUUAUCCUAAUAAGAUUUUGCUUCUGAGAAAACAUACCUAUACUAAGCAGAACCAAGCAUAUAGUACUUGGAACACAGAAAGUUGAUUGAGGUGUUCUAUAAAAUGUACCCUGAACUGUCAAGGAAGACUUAGCAUAUGAAUGUCUUUAUCACACUGGCUUGAAUAGCCACACAGUGCUAGUCAGACACCAGAUGAAGCACAGGGGAAGGUGAGUCCUAAAUAUUCUCUGUACCUGAAUCUAGGGAGGUGGCUCGGGGGCUAAGAACACUGGCUGUUCUUCUAGGGUACCUGAAUUCAAUUCCCAGCACCUACAUGGCAAUUCACAACCAUUUGUAACUUCAAUCUCAUAUCCAACACCCUCUUCUGGUCUUUGCAGUCACCAGGCAGGAAUGUGGUACACAGACAUUAUGCAGACAAAACAUCCAUACACAUAAAAUAAGUAUAUUACUUUUAAAUGUGUUUGAAUUAACAACUUAACCAUUCCCAUAGUAUUGACUAUGGGCACAGAUAGCUACAAGCAGUUAACAGCACCCCUGUAGUCCAACACUUGGUUUCCACGUGGGUCAGCAAUGGCUAAACCAUAGAGCAUUUCAUGCUGCCUGCAUUUUCUGGAUAUGGUAAGAGCUGUGGGUGGGACAAACAAGCACACAUACAUUUGCUUAAAUGCAGAAAUAACAUCCCAGCCAUCUUAUCAUGACAAGUGUUUUAUAAGCCAUUUAAAUUAGUAGCAUUAACUUUCUAUCUUCUUAUGGGAGAUUGCCAUUUCUGUCUCCCAGCUGAAAGGUACAGACGGUUGAAUCCCUCAGCCUUUCACCAACACAAAACACAAUGCUUUGGCACAGGGAAAUGACAGAAAUUUGAAACAAAGGUACUGAGUCACAACACAAACAGUUCAUUGUUGUAUAGGUCUGAGAGAAUAAUGUUAGCGACUGGAGCUUCAACUCAGCUGUGUGCUGCGCAUAUGUAGCUCCUCUAAAUACCAGACAUCAGCCCGUUAGUUGCUCCCAUGAGCAGGCAUUCCAGGAGGCCCAACUGGAAGUGGGCAGAUGUGUACUGUGUACUAGAGAUUUGGGUACCAAAACAUACAGAACAUUCAUGUUCUGCUGUGGAAAUCUGGGAGGAGCAGAGCUACUGUUUUUAAGAGUUCUUAGAUUGCUGAUUGUGCUUCAUAAUGCUCACUCCGACUUUCACAGUCUUAACCAUAUUAAAAAGAGGAAAAUACUCCUUUAUUCUGCUGAGCUUUCUAUGUCCUGCUAAAGUUAUGUUCCUUAAUAAGAGAAAGGGGACUGGUAGAAAUGAAAUUUGGGGUGGUUUUUAAAAAAAAAACAUCUGGGAAAUAAACUUCUUUAUUUGUAAAAUGAGGACAGUGAUGUCAUCAUGCUUCCUUCUGGAAAAGCAGGGAAAACAAAGGUCACACUGAUGCCGAACAUUUGAAACAGUUCAGUGCUCAUAGCAAUGACCAGAUGAUCAGAUGGGGACAGGGUUGCAUUCUUGUUUACCAAGAGGAAAGAACAAAGAAAUGGUACACUCUGUGUCCAAGGCCACAAGUUAAGAUACAGUAGAACCUGGACGUGUGAGAGUAUUCUAGCUCUGAACAUGUGCAUCUCUCUGUCCACCCCUACGGUUAUGAGUGGUAGUACUUAGUCCUGAGCCAGAAUUUCACUAGGAUAGGAUACUGAGAAGUCAUAUGAAAGAAAAAUGGAGAAAUUAGCAUGCCUGAAGCUUGCCCUGUCCUUCGACACAACACCUGUGAGAUGAGUAAAUGUGGGAAACAUGAGACAAGAGAAACCAUUGAUAAAUGGUUGCUUAGUUUUUCAUAUUGUGUAGAAUUUUCCUAUCUUAUAUUGUGUCAUAUGCUACCACAAUAAAAUUGGUUGGUACUGAUUCUGUUAGUCUAUAGAAUUUGCUGUGAUUCUCAUAUAUGGUGUGAACGUCGGUGGCAUAUAUUAAUAAAGGUAUCUUUAAUGCUCUUGUUCAGUA